UUACUUGUUACACUUACCUGAUAUCCUUACAUUAUGGAUUAUCUUUCCGGUAUUUGGUCACAUCUCGCUCAAAACGCUUGACUGAUCAAGAAUUCAAACCUCUCGGUGAAUCAGUCCAAGCGUGAGAACCCCUUCAGUAUUCUUUCCGGCGAAAUCCAAAGCGGUCACGUUUCUUUAUUCGUCAGAAUUAACGUGUCUAAGACACAAGUUUUUGCAAAUUAAGUUUUCGUAUGCGUGCAAGGAUGACGGAAGCUACCGUUCAUCACACGCUCAGUGAAGACGAGGUAUUUUCUACUGCCAGCAGUCCAAAAUCAUCAGUGGCAGGGGAUGCUCGGGAUAAAAUGGCGGAGCCAAAAGCCUCGAGAAAGACCAGUUCCCGUAGGUCCAAGAAAAAGGACGAGGUCGAGGAACUGAAUAAGAAAUGGGAAAGCCGUUUCUCACAGAUAGAAACCAGGUUUGAUAAAUUUUUUGAUUUAUUUAGUUCAAACGAUGGUAUAAAUAUAAACAAGGAUACUGUCACGUCAGGUGAGCAGAGACCUUGUCAGAAUCAAUCUGAACAAGAUAGUGGCUCUUCAGGAGCGCACAGACUUGUUCAGGAUUCUAACCAUGAACAUUUUCCAACAGAUUCAGUUCGUGAAAGGGAAAAUGAAGAUGUCGUAUCUUUGGCACCAGGCCUUAGAGAAAGACAUGACAUAGGUUUACUAUCAGAAGAUGAGUCUUCUUUAAAAAGUGAAACUGAAAAUCCUCAAAAAUCUUCAUCAAGAUUCAGUAAAUAUGUGAAUGGUAAUGAAAGUGACUCAGAUGAGAACAAUAAUGAUCACUUAAAAUCUUUAUUUGGGGAUGAUGUUAAGACUAAAAAAGAGACAAGCUCUGGAGGUCUUAUUCUUGACAAAAGUCAAAUUGAUAUUUUAUCUGGUUCUUGGAGGUGUAAAAAUCCAGAAAGGUUGACAGCCUAUAAUGAUGAAUAUAGACACAGUUUUCCUGUUCACGAGAAAACUAGUGAUAUUUUAGAAGUACCUAGUCUAGAUAAUAUGGUACCUGAUUUAUUAGUGAAAAAACAUGGUGCUAAAGCUUAUUCAGUAAGCCAGAAAAGCAAUUUAUACAAUCCUUGUUUAAAAUCCCUUGAAAAGUUGGCAUAUCAAGGCCAGGUAGCUGCACGCAUGGGGAUAAUUACUACAGCAUACACCCAACAAGCUUUGGGCAAUUUGUUAAAUACUUUGUCAGAAAAUGAAGUUAAUCUAGACAAAUCUAUCCAACUUGUAAGAGACAUAUUUGCAAUGUCUACAAAAUCUUUGGACCAAGUGGCACGGGCUGGUGCAUUUCACCACUUAAUUCGUAGAAAAGCUACUUUAGAGGACACAGGUCUUAAUGAUAUUAAAGAGCUUAAGCAUCCACUUGUAUCAUUACCUUUGACAAAGUCAGGUGUCAUUGGUGACAAUAUGGAACAAACUCUUAAAGACAGGGUUGACAAAAAUAAACAAUUAAAAGAGUUACUGCCUGAAUUACAUGUAAAUAAAACUUUUUCAGUGAAAAGGAAAGCUACAGGCAAUCAAUUUUCCAAUGAUUGGUCUAAGAAACCAAAAUUUGACAAUGCACAAGGUUCUACUUUCACAGGUGCUAAGUCUAAUACACAGCGUACAGUACAAAGAACUAGUACAGUAACAAGACCAGAUAAAGACGACAAGAGUUCUGGUACAACGAACAAUUUUCGUCGCUUUAACAACCCAUUUCAUGCCAAGGGGCAACAAAAGAAAUGACUAUCAGAUCAAGGCGUUGCAGUGAUAUACAGGCCUUACGUUUGGGAGAUGGAAAUAUAUCUGUACAUAGCAGAGGAGUUUAUUUUAUUAGAGAAGGAUUGUCAAAACAAGACCGUCCUGGACAUUUUGGUGCUAAGAUUUUUGUACCUGCCUUUGAUGCAGAAAAGCUUCUUGACCCUAAAAGGGCAUUAACGUACUAUUUAAAGAGCACUGACAAUUUUCGUGGUGAAAACAGACAAGAUAGUAAAUUGUUCUUAGCAAUCAGUAAUCCACAUAAGCCAAUUUCAAGUCAAACAAUUUCAUCAUGGAUUGUGAGUACCAUUCAGAUGGCAUAUAACGACAAAAAGAAAUCUGUUAAGGCUCAUUCGACAAGAGCUAUUGGUCCUUCUUGGGCUCUUUAUAAAGGUGCAUCAAUGAAGAACAUCAUGGAAGCUGCUGAUUGGAGCAGGGAAUCCACAUUCACCAAAUUUUACUUACGUCACAUAGACCCUCAUGUUUUAUCGAAGUAAAAAAAAAAAAAAAAAAAAAAAGAAGAAAAAUACAUAAAAUUCGAAAAAAAAAAAGAAGAAAAAUGUGUACAGUUUUUUAACUUGUAAUAUAGUUUGUAUAGUGUUGGAACUAUUCAUAUCCGACGAGAUGCGAUGCAAGUUUUUAAACCUUUGUGUGUGAGAUGAAAAAGACAUCUAUUUAAUGUGUUUAAAGUCAAACAUUUAGACUUUGUAUAUAGUGUAAUAUAGUGUACAUUAUUUGAACAAAAGAAUUACAGUCCACCGCUUGAGUUGGGACUGCUUUAGAAUCUAUGGAUAUCCAUAAUGUAAGGAUAUCAG